CCUCACACACACACACACACACACACGCCCCUCUCGCACCACCCGGAAUCCACUGCCGCCGCUAGGGUUUUACGCAGAUGGCCGCCGCCGCCGCAGCCGCCGGAGCCCGGAGGCUCCUCGCCCGCCGCGCGUCCUCCUCCCCCGUCUCCAUCUCCGCCCUCCUCCGCCGCGGCGGCGGCGCUGCGGCAGCGGCAGCGCCCCACGAGCCGCUGCUGCGCCCGGCGGCGCUCGCGGCCGUCGCCUCCCGCCUCGGCUUCCUCCGCGGGAUGGCGCGCCGGCCGGGCGGCGACGGGUACUCUCCGGCGCGCUCCGGUGGGGGCGGAGGAGGGGACCGCGCGCCCACCGAGAUGGCGCCGCUGUUCCCCGGGUGCGACUACGAGCACUGGCUCAUCGUCAUGGACAAGCCCGGCGGCGAGGGCGCCACCAAGCAGCAGAUGAUCGACUGCUACAUCCAGACCCUCGCCAAGGUCCUCGGCAGCGAGGAGGAAGCCAGGAAGAAGAUUUACAAUGUCUCCUGUGAGCGGUACUUUGGUUUCGGGUGUGAGAUCGAUGAGGAAACAUCCAACAAACUGGAAGGAAUUCCUGGUGUUCUGUUCGUGCUUCCUGAUUCUUAUGUUGAUCCCGAGCACAAGGACUAUGGAGCUGAGCUUUUUGUGAAUGGAGAGAUUGUUCAGAGGUCUCCGGAGAGGCAGAGAAGGGUGGAGCCUGUGCCGCAGAGAGCAUCAGACAGGCCGAGGUAUAACGACAGAACCCGCUACCAGCGGAGGAGGGAGAACCAGCAACGGUGAUGAGCCGAGGUGCCCGAUUGAAGAUCAAAUAACAAGCCCUGGUGGUUUCCGCCGGGUAUAAAUAUCAUCUACGGAAUAGAAGAACUGCAUGUUCACUGUAUGCCAACGCAAGGUGUUUUCUUUUCUUCAAGUUGGUGAUCGCGCGUCUUGGAUGUAUCAAACUAGUUGUUAGGGAGCUUGGAACUAUUUGGAAUUGCACGUUACCGUCAACUCUGCAGUCAUGUGCGUUACCGUCAACUCUGCAGUCAUGUGCGUUACCGUCAACUCUGCAGUAUUGUGCGCUUGUAAAUCUGGUUUGAUGGAUAAACUGCUACUUUUGCCUGGAA